AUGACAAGAGGCGCUCUUGCCUCUUUCGUUCUCUUUUCGGCUCUCACUGCUGGAGCAUUUGCUGCCAUUUCAUGUUAUUAUGGUUAGUUGGAAGUGCACAAUACUUGCUUACUUCUCGUAACUUCAGGACAGAUCAAUCAAAUUGGGAACACUAGAACUGGAAGUGUGUCAUCUUUUUAUUGUCCAGACUCUAAUUACUGUAUGAAGUAAGUCAUCGACAUCUUUCAAGAAACUAUUAUAUUAUAAUCUUUCCACAGGGUCUACUACGCCGAGAAGUCUUCCAAUUACAACUACAACACCUACUCAUGCGGAGACUUUCAUUGUGGGGUGAGUACUCGAAACGUUCGUUAGCUCUUCUCACUCACUCGUUCCUUUUCAGAGAAGCGGUUGCAUAAACUACGGCAACGGAUACGGACAGUGCUGUUGCUCGGGCACGCUGUGCAACUCCGGGUUCACCUACUCGAAGACCUCUAUUCUCGCCCUCUUGGUUUCUGUUUUCUACAUGUUCUCUUAA